UGAUACUCAAGGUGCCGUAAGACCAUAUGGAUAUGAUCUAUCUAGUCCAUACCCUCCUCAAAGAGGUGCCCCUUGGCCUCCGCACUAUGGUGAUCGUACGCCAACCCGAGAUCCGAGCGCGGAAUCUUCACCUGCUCCAUAUCAUGGCAGCGGUCCACCAGUACCUCCACCGCCACGCGGUCAUCCGAUAUAUCCUUAUCACCACGAUUACUACCCAACGCCAUACCCUCACCCACCACCACCUCCUCCUCCAAAACCAGACUAUGGAACUUCGACCCCAAGUGAUCCUAACUCGGGAGUGAUCCCUGGUCGACCACACGAAUAUCCGCUACGACACGAUUUAUAUGGCCCUCCUCCUAGGUAUCCACAUGAAGCGAGUUAUCCACAUCACGAAGGAGCAGGAACACCUUAUCCGCAAUACGGACA